CCCCCACUCUCUCCCUCUCCGUCUCCCUCCUCCGCGUCGCGAUCUCUCUCUCUCUCCCUCCUCCACUCCCAAACCCCUCCUCCUCCGCCUCGAGCUCCGAUCCGAUCCCCCCCGCGGCAGCCGCCACCGCGGAAACCUCCGGUUGCGGCGAGCCACCUCCUCACGGACGGAGAUACUCGCCGUCGGCGAGGCCCCCAUUGGCGCUCGCGCCGCUGCCCGUGGUGGUGAUUGCAGCGGCCAUCAGGAUAGAAGAGGCGCGCCGCUGCUGUGUAGAGGAGAAGGGCUGUGAUGGUGUGGCGGCGGCGGCGGUGGCCGCGGGGUUGUUGAUGCGCGCCGCGCGCGCCCAUGUCGGACGCGUCGUCGGAUCUCGCCGGCGGUCGGGCGGCCCCCCCCGUGGAGCGCGACAUCGAGCAGGCUAUCACCGCCCUUAAGAAAGGAGCUUACUUAUUGAAGUAUGGACGUAGGGGAAAACCAAAGUUCUGUCCAUUUAGGUUAUCCAAUGACGAAUCUGUACUGAUAUGGUUCUCAGGGAAAGAGGAGAAACAUCUAAGGUUGAGCCAAGUGUCCAGGAUAGUUCCUGGGCAACGGACUGCAAUUUUUCAGAGGUAUCCACGACCUGAGAAGGAAUGUCAGUCGUUUUCUCUGAUUUCACAUGAUAGAUCAUUGGACAUCAUUUGUAAAGAUAAAGAUGAGGCAGAAGUGUGGUUUGCUGGGCUGAAAACAUUGAUUUCACAUAGCCAUCAAAGAAAAUGGAGAACAGAAUCGAGAAGUGAUAUCAUAUCCUCUGGUGCAACUAGUCCAAGGACUUAUACACGUCGGAGUUCUCCAUUGAGUUCUCCCUUCAGUAGCAAUGACAGUGUCCAUAAGGAUGGCAGUGAUCAUUACCGACUCCGGAGUCCAUUUGGGAGUCCACCAAAGAAUGCAUUGGAUAAGGCCUUUUCUGACGUUGUGUUAUAUGCAGUUCCUCCCAAGGGCUUCUUCCCAUCAGAUUCUAAUGCCGGAUCAGUCCACUCUAUGUCGUCUGGACACUCAGAUAACACAAAUGGUCACCCAAGAGGCAUCCCAAUGGAUGCUUUUCGGGUCAGUUAUUCAAGUGCUAUCAGUUCGUCAAGUCAUGGUUCAGGUCAUGAUGAUGGGGAUGCUUUAGGUGACGUUUUCAUAUGGGGAGAAGGAACUGGGGAAGGAAUUCUCGGUGGUGGUAGUUCAAGGGUUGGAAGCUCUUCUAGUGCAAAGAUGGAUUAUCUUGUACCAAAACCAUUAGAGUUCGCUGUGCGACUUGAUGUGCAGAAUAUAUCUUGUGGAGGAAGGCAUGCUGCAUUGGUCACUAAACAAGGGGAGAUCUACUCUUGGGGUGAGGAAUCAGGUGGCCGGCUUGGGCAUGGUGUAGAUUGUGAUGUGGCACAACCAAAACUCAUUGAUUCUCUUGCUCACAUGAACAUAGAGCUGGUAGCAUGCGGUGAAUACCAUACCUGUGCUGUUACACUAUCUGGAGAUCUGUAUACAUGGGGGGAUGGCACCUUUAAAUUUGGGCUUUUGGGUCAUGGAAAUGAUGUCAGUCACUGGGUACCAAAAAGGGUUGAUGGGCCAUUAGAGGGUAUACAUGUAUCAUCAAUUUCUUGUGGCCCUUGGCAUACGGCCCUAGUAACUUCUGCUGGCCAGCUGUUCACAUUUGGAGAUGGAUCUUUUGGUGUUCUAGGGCAUGGAGAUCGUGCAAGUCUUUCAGUCCCCAGGGAAGUAGAAUCCCUAAAAGGUCUACGAACGGUUCGGGCAGCUUGUGGUGUUUGGCACACUGCUGCUGUUGUAGAAGUCAUGGUUGGGAAUUCAAGUUCUAGCAAUUGUUCAUCUGGCAAGAUAUUUACUUGGGGUGAUGGAGAUAAAGGCCGUUUAGGACAUGGUGACAAGGACUCAAGAUUUGUCCCAACAUGUGUGGCUGCUUUGGUGGAGCCCAAUUUUUGUCAAGUUGCUUGUGGGCAUUGCUUGACAGUGGCUCUUACAACCUCAGGGCAUGUAUAUACAAUGGGUAGUGCUGUCUAUGGUCAGCUUGGAAAUCCACAAGCAGAUGGUUUGCUUCCUGUACGUGUUGAAGGGAAGCUGCACAAAAACUUUGUAGAAGAAAUUUCUUGUGGUGCUUAUCAUGUGGCUGUAUUGACAUCCAGGACUGAGGUGUACACGUGGGGUAAAGGUGCAAAUGGUCGGUUAGGUCAUGGUGGUACUGAUGAUAAGAAUACUCCUACAUUGGUUGAAGCAUUGAAAGAUAAGCAAGUCAGAAGUGUUGUGUGUGGAAUUAACUUCACUGCAGCAAUAUGCAUUCAUAAAUGGGUAUCUGGAAGUGAUCAGUCAAUGUGCUCUGGAUGCCGUCAGCCGUUUAACUUGAGGAGAAAACGUCAUAAUUGCUACAAUUGUGCUCUAGUAUUUUGUCAUUCAUGCAGCAGUAAAAAAUCUUUGAAGGCUUCAUUGGCGCCAAACCCGAACAAGCCUUACCGCGUCUGUGAUAGUUGCUACAGCAAACUCACUAAGGGGCUUGAAACAGACACAAACUCCUCAACUAAGCGAGGCACUGUUGUACAGGGAUUCAGUGAAACUAAUGAGGAGGAGCUGGAAACACGGUCAAAUACCCAACUGUCGAGAUUGUCUUCUAUGGAAUCUUUUAAGAACAUGGACAGUAGAUAUUCGAAGAAAAACAAAAAGUUUGAAUUCAACAGCACUCGUGUUUCCCCUGUUCCAAAUGGCAGUUCACACUGGAGCGGGCUCAAUAUUUCAAGAUCCUUCAAUCCUGUAUUUGGAUCCUCAAAGAAGUUUUUUUCAGCAUCUGUUCCUGGAUCAAGAAUUGUUUCUAGGGCAACAUCACCUGUCUCAAGAAGAACAAGCCCUCCUAGAUCGACAACCCCAACGCCUACUUUGGGUGGUCUAACUUCUCCUAGAGUUAUUGCCAAUGAUGCCAAGCCUACAAAUGAUAGUCUAAGCCACGAGGUCUUGAAUUUGAGGUCCCAGGUGGAGAAUCUUACUAGGAAGUCUCAUCUUCUGGAAGUUGAGCUGGAGAGAACUACGAAACAAUUGAAGGAAGCAAUUGUAAUUGCUGGGGAGGAAACUGCCAAGUGCAAGGCUGCAAAAGAAGUAAUCAAAUCACUCACGGCACAAUUGAAGGGAAUGGCAGAGAGAUUGCCUGGAGGAGUAACCAAGAAUAGCAAACUGCCGCCCCUAUCUGGAUUUCCUAUGCCAAGUGAGCUAUCAUCCAUGGCUACAGAAAGUUUGGGUAGCCCAAGCAGUGUAGGAGAACAAAUUUCAAAUGGUCCUAAUGGGCUGCUUGCUUCUAAUGGACCAAGUUCUGUUAGAAUCAAGGCAGGUCAUCCAGAAGUUGGCAAAAAUGGUAGUAGACUGCCUGAAGCAGAAUCAUGCCAUGAGGCUGAAUGGGUGGAGCAAGACGAACCAGGCGUUUACAUCACUCUAACCGCCUUGCCUGGAGGUGCGAGAGAUCUCAAGCGGGUUCGGUUCAGCCGGAAGAGAUUCAGCGAGACCCAGGCAGAACAAUGGUGGCAGGAGAACAGGACAAGGGUAUACCAGCAUUACAAUGUUCGGAUGGUUGAAAAAUCAGCCUCCAGUAUCGAUAAUGAGAUUGCAUCUCGGUGACAUUAGAUUUGACAUUUGGACAAAAGGAGAGCUGAGAUCCUUUACGAUGUGAAGGCGCUCUCUGUUCGGUUGCUAACCUGGCCCCCAUAAAAGAGGAGAUUCUCGCUAUGUAAGAAAGAGAAAAAGAAAGAGAGAAAGAAAGGCGGCAUCUCAGUUUUACGGUUUCUCCCUCGCUCCCCCUCCUUUUCCCCCCCUUGUGUGCAAAGUAGAGUGCUUAAGAAGUAAUGUAAAUGCUUAGUGGAAGAAAGCUAAUUUGUCAAAUGUAAAUGCAUACGCAAGCGCAUCGAUUUUAGAUUAUGCAUUUUAACUAAUUUUCCCACAA